UAAUAAUUUUUUUUAGAUUAAUAAUGAAGUUAAGAUCUCAAUAUGUGAUUGUAGUUUCUCUGUUUGGUUUAGCAGUUGUACUUUGUGAACCUGAUUACUAUAAAGUUUUAGGUUUAAGCAAGGGUGCUACUGAGAAGGAGAUAAAGAAAGCAUUUCGAACCCUUGCACUCAAAUACCACCCGGAUAAAAGCAAAGAUCCCCAAGCUAUAGAUAAGUUCAGAGCAGUGGCUGAAGCCUACGAGGUUUUACGUGAUCCUAAACGUAGAAAACAGUACGAGGAUAUGGGACAUAACUCAUUCUACACAAACACUGGAUACAAACCAUCUACAGAUUUCAAGGAUAUUUUCAAGGAUUUCGAGGAUUUGUUUAAAGAGUUCGGGCCCAUGGAGGAUUUUUUCAAACAACAUUUUGCCAACCACAAAAUUCAAACCGAGGCCCAUGGCGGUAUGUUUGAUUUUGGAAAGGAUAUUGAUUUCGGAAAUCUAUUCGAGGAUAGUGAAAAAGUUGCAAACUUCCAUGAUCAUAUUCACAAAAAUGGAGCAGACAUUUUAAAGGAUAUUCCCGCCUCAAGCAAGGACGGUAAAAAUUGUAAAACUAUUACAAAACGUAACGGUAACUCUGUAACAACUUACACACAGUGUAGUUCAGAAACCACCAGUUCUCAAGACACUACUGGGAAAAUUAACCUCAAUGCACAAGGACAUAUUGAAUUCUGAAUAGAACAAAACGUCCUGUUUUUUGUGAUAUUAUAAUUAAGUGUGUUUGUAUUUAUACUCAUACCGAGAUUGCAAUAAAUAUGUGUUUUGUUA